AUGGUUUUUAAAAUUCUUACUGAUAGCCCAAUCUAACUUGAAAAUGUGCCUUACAUGAAAAUAUUUUAUGAAUUAAAUGAAAUAAUAGAUGGAAAUAUUUUGAAGGGGAAGAUAUAUGAUGCUGUAUAUUAGGAUCUGCUUAAAGUGAUAAAUAAUGAAGAUAAAUAAUAAACAAUCUCUUGUAUAUUUGACAAAAAAGAGUAUUAUGAGCAAAAACUUAGAGAUCUUUUCAAUAGUAAUGAAAAAAUUAAAAUAAGUUUAUCUAGUGCUAUUGAAUCAGCCAUUCAAAUUAAAGUAAAUUGGUUGUCUGAAUAAUUAUCGUCUUAUUUUGAUUAACUUCUAAUCAAAAAGUAAGAAAAUAAAGAUUUUGAAAAAGUUAAAGAGAGGAUAAAGUAAUCAUUACAACUUAUGCCUUAUUUUUCAGCUAAAGAUAUAUUUGAACACUUUUACACUUAGAGAAUGACAAGAAGAUUGCUUUUGGAAUUAUCCAUCUCUUAAGAAUUGGAAACAGAAAUCUUAAUAAAUUUAAAAUAAUAGUGUGGAGAUUAGUAUGUAAGAAAAGCUGAGGAAGUUCUUAAAGAAUAUAAAAAAUGUUAUCAAUUUUAGCAUGCGGGAGUCGAAGUAAAACUAGUUGUUAUUUCCUAAAAUUCUUGGACUUUAAAAUAAGAUUAAAUUCCAAAAUUCUUUUUGAAAGAAUAAUAAGAAUAUUUCCAAGAAGAUAAAAAAUAAGAUUUUAAGUAGAAGAUCUUAUUUUGGAUGUUGGAGUGCAGCAAUUGCUCUGUUAAAGGUUUCAAGAAGUACAUCUUUAUAGUAUCCGUUGUUUAAGCUAUGAUUUUAGAUUUGUUCAACAAAUAGAAAUCUUACAAGGCUUCGGACUUUAUUCAGCUUAGUGGAUUGUCCAAAGAUGAAAUAAUCAGAAAUCUGAUUCCACUUGAAAAGGAGAAAAUAUUACUUUUAAACCAAGGAGUGUAUUCAGUGAAUCAUGAAUUUGAAAGUAAGAAAACUCACAUUAAGAUUAAUUAAAUGUAAAAGAUAGAGAAAAAAGAAGAAAUUGAAGAAAAUACACAGAAGUUAUUGCAUGAUCGAAAAUAUGUUAUUGAUGCCUCAAUAGUUAAAAUAAUGAAACGGGACAAAUAGCACACACUCUAAGAAAUAGUCAAUUUAGUUUUAAAAGAUUUGGGUUUACCACUUAAAGCUGUGGAUAUUAAAUAGUAAAUUGAAGUAUUGACAGAAAAAGAGUAUUUACAAAGAGAUCAAAAUGAUAUGAGUUUAUUUAUAUAUUUGGCAUGA